UUGAACGUCGACUAUCAUACAUUCCGCUACAUGUUUUGCCUAUUUUUGAAAUGACGUGACAUGUUUGACCUAAUUCAAGAUCUAAGUGCUUUAUUUAUAGCAGUUUUCAAUAAAAAGAGCUAAACAAGUACACCUUUUGGCAAUAAUGUGGGUGAUUGAGUUCAAUUUUCGUCUCUAGUUCAAUUUCACUGUGAUAUCUUGAAUAAAAUUUUAUUUACAUAUUCGAGGAUAAAAAAAAAGCAAUAAUUAUUUAUCUAAUAAAUAAAUAAGUGAUAUCUGUUAUUAGAUUAUUAUCUUCUAUAUUAGUUUAUGAAUAGAUUCUGUUUUAAGAAUUUACGUAAAAAGCUCAAUUAUUUUAUCGAAGUAAAAAGUAGAAGACAAAUAUUAUGUCUUUCGUAAAAUGUUGUUUUGAUGCUGGCGAAGGUCAUGACAUUCUGGAAUCAUUUGUGCAAAAAUGUACCGAUCCUGGCUGUUGCUGUGGCUGUUGCUCCGCACUUCGGCCAAGAUACAAACGUUUGGUUGACAAUAUAUUCCCCGCGUUGCCACAAGAUGGCCUCGUCAAGUCAAAUAUGGAGAAGCUUACGUUCUACUCACUCUCCAGUCCGGAGAAACUCGAUAGAAUCGGGGACUACCUCUUUCAAAAGGCUUCGAGGGAUAUAUAUCGGCGAAGACAUGGGUUCGUAAUAAUAGCCAUGGAGGCAAUGGACCAGCUCCUCUUAGCGUGUCACUCGCAGACUCUCAACCUCUUCGUAGAGAGCUUCCUCAAAAUGGUGCAGAAGUUACUGGAGUCCACAGAUCCUCAACUACAGAUACUUGCGACGCAGAGCUUCGUCCGUUUCGCGAAUAUAGAAGAGGAUACGCCAUCAUACCACCGUCGGUAUGACUUCUUCGUGUCCAAGUUCUCUGCCAUGUGUCACAGCAAUCAUACAGACAAACACACAAGAGAUAGUAUACGACUCGCCGGGAUAAGGGGGUUGCAGGGGGUGAUAAGGAAGACCGUGUCUGACGAUCUGGUGGAGAAUAUUUGGGAGGCUCAACACAUGGAUAAGAUUGUGCCUUCGUUGUUAUAUAAUAUGCAGGGCGCAGAGAAAUACGAGACGGUGUCGUGUCUGGAGUCAGAGACGGACACGAGGGAAGGGAUAGAGGAACCGCCCAAACUGGCCGAAGCCUGUCUCCGGGAACUGGUCGGGAGAGCCUCCUACGGACACAUCCGAUCAGUUCUACGACCCGUACUUACGCAUUUCGAUCGCCACGAGCUGUGGUUGCCGUGCGAUUUCGCCGUUCACAUAUUCAAGAUUAUCAUGUUCUCUAUUCAGGCGCAGUACUCGUACAGCGUGGUGGAGGCCUUGAUGCAGCACUUGGACGCCAGUGGAGGGGGGUCAGGCACGCGUGUCCGCGCCGCUCGAGCCACAGUACUUAGUAAUAUCGUAGCUAUCGCCGCCGGUGAUAGUGUUGGUCCGUCGGUGUUGGAAAUAAUCAACAAUCUCCUGACAAAUCUCCGAGCCUCAGUAGCUCGAGAUUCCGAAUUGUCUUUCCAGAAAGAGUCCGACGAGCGUCUCUACCAAGAGGCCUUGAUCAACGCGUUGGGCGAAUUCGCGGACCACCUGCCCGACUUCCAGAAGAUAGAUAUUAUGAUGUUCAUCGUCAGCAAAAUACCGAGCGGCCGAGGGAAACCCACCAAGGCCGAUUGUAUGCUGCAAAGCAUUCUGCUCAAGUCCCUGCUCAAGGUGGGAACGACGUACAAGACCACGGAGCUGAGUAAAGCCUUCCCCGCGGCUUUCCUCGAGGCCCUGCUGCGCGUGUCGAGCACCAGCGAGGCUCGCACCAGGGCCUUGCUGCAGAGGAUCCUGCACACGCUGCUCGACAGACGGGCGAACGCCCCGCUGCUUCUUGUGCCCACGGUGCAGUAUGAAAAACUAGGCCUGACAGUGGAAAAAUGCUCCCGACCCGACCUGAUCUUCAUCAGCAAACAUGGCCACGCCAUCUUCAGCUCGCUGUAUGAAGGGCUCCAACUGGAAUCGAACACGGCCGAGAACAUAUCGGCCAUUUACACCACCCUGUCUCUGCUCGCCAUCGAGCUGGCCUCCGAGGAGACCGUCUGCGACAUGCUUCAACUCAUUCUGGCCAUCCAACAGUCGGCGAUAUCGAACCCGGUCCUGUCUACGGCUCAACAGUGUCAGCUCCACGCCAUAACCGUUGCGCUAGCGGCUCUUGUGUCGCACGUGCUGGCGCUGCCGCCGCUCGGCGAUUAUAUUAAACAGAUAAUAGAAGCUCGUCGCGAAGAAGCCCAGCACAUGUUGCCGCCGCUCUCGGACGACUACGACGUGUCGCCCAACAAAUUGCCGAACAAGUUGCCCUACCUGAUGAUCGACCAGAUGGCGCUGGGCGAAUGCCUGAAGGCGUGCGGCAUCGAGCCCAGCCGCCUGCAGACCGCGUCCCCCUACUCCGGAGGCACGGCCGUCGGCCUCGCCCAUCGCCACAGCUGGGUGGAAGCCGGAGCGACGCAGGGCAGGGACAGCCUGGCCGACAUCUCCGCGGGACCCGUCACCGAACUCGACAGCGCCAACAGUUCCCCCGGAGUACAGAGGCACCCCACGCAGAGCGAGAACGUGAGCCUGGAGGCGCUGCGGCGGGCGGCGAGCGGGCCCAGCGAGGCCGAGAGGAGAGACGCGGAGAGGAGGAAGGUGUCCCUCAACAACACCUUCCGCACUGCGCCCUUCGACCAUCUGCUGCACAUCACGCAGCCCAAGUACGAGAUCCAAGACAAGCUGGAAGAGAUCUUCAACUCCAUCUCCGAGGAGCCCCUUCUGCCCAUCGGAGCCGGCUCCCCCGCGGGCAAGACUCAGAACCAGCCUUACACCAAGUAUUUGACGGAGCUCUUUCUCUACUGAGGGAAUAUGGUUAGCAGUUCCAUACUUAAGGGCGUAGUGGACUUUUCUCGCAGUUUUCCAGAAAUUAGUAAUAAAGGCAAUGCAAUAUUUAAAAGCCGAUUUAGUGAAAUUGAAAGAUUAAAACACAUUGUUUUAAAGGUUUCAUUUAUGAGAGCAUCUUCAUAUAUUCUUCUUCCAGGCCAAUCUUUCGGGGUCACUUAUUAAUUAAGACAACGGUGUGUGAAUUUUCAAAAGGGUUAAGUUAACUAGGAAUUUGGGUGAUAGUGUUAUAAACUUAUCUCAUCCAGAGGUAGAAUGUCCCUCAAACGAAAACGAUAACUCAGGACGACAAAUACGUAACAUCGAAUAGUAAACGUAAAAAAUAGGACACUUAAUUGUUGCAUUAAAAAAUCACACUAUAGUAUUCUCUCUAUGUCUAAGGAACGUGGUCGGCUUUACAGUGAGAGGUGUAUAGCUCAUCUCGUUGAAUACGCGUUCUUUAUGUGCGUUAAAUAUGUUACGUACACGUAUACGAAUCGUAUUUUGGCGUGAACUUUGCGAUAUUGAUUCGAUUAAAACGUUUAUAUAUCGAGACUUACUCGAGUUUUGAGUAUUACUCGUAUUGGUUUUAUUUUUUAAAGGUAAUUGUUUAAUAUGGGGUUGAAUUGCAUUUAAAAAAUUCCAAGAAACUUGUAGACAUCUAUAAUUAUUAGACAGACUAAAUCUAUGUCUAAUCAAAUAUAAAGUAACAUUUAUAACAUAAUAUUAUCAAGCAUAUAGUUGGUAAUUAAAAUUCAAUGUACUUUGUAGUAAUAAACACAAAAUACAUAAUAAAUAUUGGUUGGAAUCUUCCUUCAUACUUGAAAGUGAACAAAUACGGCACGAGUGAUAUAUCGCUUAAUAUAUUGCUUCACUAACGGUAAGCACAUAAUAUGUAAAAGCGCUUUGUGUGAAUUCACUUAUUCCUUAUUUUUCAUUCUCUUCAUAGAUGUUUGUGUGAAAAUAGACAAUUUACAGAAAACGAAGCCGGUAAAUGGCGAUAUCGGAGCCCUAGAGUAUACAAGUUUAUAUUGCGGAUCACUGAUUCUGUUAUCAUUCAAUCCGUCUGAAUUUCACGAAGAUAAAGUUUUUUUUCUUUUACUCGUUUCUUUUUUCCGAGUAAUAAUGACAUUCCAUAGACAAUUGUCUAAUUUUUUUUGAUCAAACUCAAAAAGUGUUCGCUUAGCAUAUUUAAACCGUUCGCCUAAGCUGUGGAUUACGAUAGACGACACCUUAUGAGCGGUUUAAUGGUUCAUAAUUACGGAAGGAGUUGUAAUUGAAUAAAAAUUAUUUAUCAAAAUCUCUUACUUAAAACAAACACUACCUUCUUCCUUUAAGAUGAAAAAUCUGUAGGAAUUUCUCUCGACUAGCCUUUUUUACAUUUUCUGUAAAAUGUAGCUUUCGAUAUUAUUUUUUAUUGUUAUUCGUACUUACACAUGUUAUAAGGUUAAUAAAUUAUUACGUAGAUCAAA